UUCAACAUUUCCAGUUCCACGUGUGAGGUGAUAUGCAAAAAGACAUUUCCAGUUCGAGAGACACUAGUCCAAAUCCGGUUUCGGGCAGAGUUUCGUGGAUUUACGAGUUAAAUAAACAAGAACUAACUGACGAAUUGCGAAAAUUAGGUGAAAACGUCUCAGACAGUGAAAGUUUCGAAAUUCUAAGGCGACUGCUAAUAAAAAAGUGGCGCCAUUUGCAUGCAGGUGCAGAUAACGUUUCCGACAGUGGUACAGAGAGAGAAAAACAUAGCGUUCCUUCGAAAUUGUCAGUGCGUGCCUCGGUGCGUGCAAUAAUGACAGACAAUAAAAUUUCGUUCACACUGAAUAAGGACAAUUGGGAUGUUUUCAUUGAAAGACUUGAACUAUACUUCGAAACACAGGAUAUCGACGAGAAGAAAUAUAGUGCCGAACUCCUCACGCGAGUGUGCCAAGAAACAUAUAUAAUUUUUCGUAAUUUAGUUGCACCAAAGAAAACCAAAGAAUUCAAAUUCGGAGAACUGGUGAAACUAAUGAAAACUCAUCUUAAUCCAACGCCAUCCGAAAUUUCCGAACGCAACAAAUUCUACAAUAUAAAACAAUAUCCGAGCGAGUCAAUAUCAGAGUUCGUCUCGAGAUUAAAAGAAAAUUCCUUGCACUGUAACUUCAAGGAAAUUGAGACUGCUCUGAGAGAUCAAUUUGUUUGCGGACUUCUGCAACCUGAAACGAAAAUCGAACUCUUUCGUCAAGAAAACUUGACUUUUCAAAGUGCCGUGGCCAUCGCAGAGGCGAGAGAGAGCGCAGUCAAAAAUUCCCUGAGUUUGAAGAAAGAAGAAACUAUCCACUUCGUAGAAAAAAAGGGCUUCAAAAAACAUAAUAACUUCAACAACAAGGCAGACAGAAACAGUCGAGAGCGAGAGAUGGGUCAACGGCAAUUUCACCCCGAGAGAGAAAGGGAUGGAGCAUCACGCAGGUAUGGGGAUGGAGCGAAUCGAGAACAUGAAGACAGAAGAGGAAGGCAGAAUGAAAGCAGUGUACGCAGACGUAGUAGUGGUACAAACGGUAACCGUAGUUCAAAUGUUCAGGUAACCUCAAAAAAUGUGACAUGUUAUUGUUGUGGAAAAAGAAAUCAUUUCGCUAAAGAUUGUAGAUAUAGGUAUAAGAGUUGUAAUUAUUGCCAUACCAAAGGUCACUUAGAGAAUGCAUGCUUUAAAAAGAAUCUAGUCCCAUAUCAACCGGGUAUUCAAUUAGUAAUUGCUUGUGAUGCAAGUUCUACCGGGCUGUCUAGUAUAUUGUCUCAUAAAUUUGCAAAUGGGGAAGAACGUCCAAUUGCAUAUGCUUCAAAAAUUAUUCCAAAGAAUGAACUUCAUAGGUCAAUUCUAGACAAAGAAGCAGCAGCCAUUGUAUUUGGGUUUCGUAAGUUUUACCAUUACUUGAUCGGAAAUGAAGUUAUACUCAGAACAGAUAACCAGCCAUUAAAAUAUAUAUUUGGUGAAACAAAAAAUAUUUCAUCUAUUGUUCAUAACAGAUUAAUUCGUUGGUCAUAUUUUCUUGCUGGGUUUAAAUAUAAAAUUGAACUUAUAUCAACUAAGAGAAAUGGGAACUGCGAUGCAUUGUCAAGAUUGCCAGUGGCUGAUGAUACAAGAGUUUUUGAUUCCGAAUUAGGAGUUUUGAAUUUUUUGGGAAAAGAUUGUCAGCUGAUCAACUUAAAGGUAAUACAGAGGGAGACUCAAAAAGAUAAAAUUUUAAUUAGCGUUAAAAGAAAGUUAACUUUAGGUUGGCCAGAUGAUGUAAGUAAAUUAUCGGAGGAGGAAAGGAAAUAUUUUGAUAAAAGGAUUGAAUUGGGAGUCGAAAAAGAUUGUAUUGUGAAGGGAGUGCGUGUUGUUAUACCAGAUUGUUUAAGAAAAGCGGUUUUAGCAAAAUUACAUGAAUCACAUUUUGGUGUAGUCAGAAUGAAGCAAGUAGCAAGAUCUUAUUUUUGGUGGCCGGAAAUUGACUGUGAUAUCGAAAAUUUAGCUAAUACAUGUAAAAUAUGUGUGAGUAAUAGUAAAAGACCUGAGAAAAUAUCUUUUAUGAAAUGGCCAUACCCUACUAAUGUUUGGUCGAGAUUACAUGCCGAUUUUUUGGGACCUUUCUUUGGUCGCAUGUUUUUAAUUAUAAUAGAUGCCCAUUCGAAAUGGCCUGAAGUUUGUGAUAUGGGGACGGUUACCACAUCUGAGAGGACAAUAGAAAAAUUUGAAACCUUGUUUUCUAGGUAUGGUAUUUGUGAUCACUUAGUUACUGAUAAUGGUCCUCAGUUCACAAGCUUUGAAUUUAAAAGAUUUCUAGAAUCAGUGGAUGUUAAUCAUUCGUUCUCGCCACCCUAUCACCCUGCGACCAAUGGCGCAGCUGAAAAUUUUGUUCAAACUUUUAAGGAUAAAGUAAAUAAAAUUGUUUCUUCUGGUAAAACGUUAAGAGCGGCAAUAAACUUGUUUUUAUUUGAUUAUCGCACUAUGUUUCACCCAGUAACAGGCAUUUCGCCUGCAGAAAUAAUGUUUCAAAGGCCAAUAAAAAGUAGAUUCAAUUUGUUCACAAGUAAAUUGACUGAUGAAGUAUGUAAAAAACAAUGGAAUUUGGUUGAAAAGGAGGGUAAACAUAGAAAAUAUGAUUUUAAAGUAGGAGAUAUAGUAAUGACAGAGGUACUUGGUAAUAAGAAAAAGAAUGUAAAGUUAGAAGGAAAAAUAAUAAGAAAAUUAACUCCUGUUACGUUUCAUAUAGAACUUAAGACUAAUGGACAAAUAAUUAAAAGGCAUGUUAAUCAGUUUAUAAAAUUAUAUAAUGGAUUGAAUAUUGAGAAUUGUGAGGAUAAGAAUAAAGCUGAUUUGUUAAUUAGGAGAUCUGAAAGAUUAAAAAUGCAAAAUAAUACAAAUUGAAAUUGAUGAUGUCUUUGUAAA